AUGGACUCCCUUCGAAGCCUUAAUUCGAAACAGUACCCUGCUAAUGUCCCAUUAACUAUAGACCAUUCACUCUUUUUCACCAUUGCAGUUGGUGUAAAUCCAUGUGCUACAUGUGUCAAUGGGAGCAAGCUAGUGGCUGCUUUUAACAAUGUUAGCUUUGUGAUGCCAACUAUAGCCCUCCUUCAAGCAUAUUACUAUAACAUGAAGGGAGUGUACACACUUGAUUUCCCAGCAAACCCACCAAUUCCUUUCAACUAUACCGGCAACUCUACGGCUAACAUGCAAACCACAAAUGGGACAAGACUAUAUAGGCUGGGGUACAACUCAACAGUUCAGAUUGUGCUACAAGGCACUGCUGUCAUAGCACCAGAGAGCCAUCCAACCCAUCUGCAUGGCUUUAAUUUCUUUGUGGUUGGGAAAGGAAUUGGUAACUUCGAUCCAAAGAAGGACCCGAAUACAUUCAAUCUUGUUGAUCCUGUUGAGAGGAACACAAUCUCAGUACCAACUGGUGGAUGGACUGCAAUCAGAUUCAGGGCAGAUAACCCAGGCAUUUGGUUUUUGCAUUGCCACCUGGAAGUUCACACAACCUGGGGGCUUAAGAUGCCAUUUCUAGUGGAAAAUGGAAAAGGCCCAAAUGAGACUCUGCGACCACCUCCUGCUGACCUUCCAACCUGCUAG